UCUCAGUCCCGCUCCUGCCCGCUCCCGCAAAAAAUAUAUAUUAUUUUCUCCCGCUCCCGCCCGCAGUAUUGAAGUUUUGUCCUGCUCCCGCCCGCAAGAUCCCGCAGCCUGCAGAUGUCGCUCUGGUUCCAGCAGCAAUAUGAUGGGCCUCUUCUCUGUCCCAGAACACAUGAUACUGAAGCUGUGAAUGCCAUGAGCGAAGACAGCAGCUCCAAGGAGGAGGUGGACUCUGACCGCCUGGGCCUCGCCAGAAUGGUGGCAGCCAUCAGUAUGUUUCCUGCCAAAGAGCCGGACGCCAGUGACAACAUGUCCUGUGGGGUGGUGGACCUGGCUUGGAGACCACCUCAACCGCAGUACACUGGCAGAAGGAAGAUGUCUCUUCAGGAGCAAGGGACGUACCAACGAUUCCCUCGCAGGCCAACCAUAGAGUCCAAGCGAGUGUCCCUUUCAGAUGGCCAGGACUGUGUCCAGCUAAACCAAUACAAGCUGAAGAGUGAAAUUGGAAAGGGAUCCUAUGGGGUGGUAAAACUGGCAUACAAUCAAGAUGACGACAAUUAUUACGCUAUGAAAGCAGUCUCGAAAAAGAAGAUGAUGAGGCAGUGUGGAUUUUCUCGCCGCCCCCCCUCUAGAGGACCAGAGGGUUCCCAAGGACAGGAAACCAGGUUCCUUGGCCCACUUGAGAUGGUCUACCAGGAAAUUGCCAUAUUGAAGAAGCUGGACCAUUUGAAUGUUGUCAAACUGGUGGAGGUUCUUGAUGAUCCAGAAGAGGACAACCUUCAUAUGGCAUUUGAGUUAAUGCAGAGAGGGCCUGUAACAGAAGUACCAACAGACAGCCCACUGAGUGAGGAGCAAGCUCUCCUAUACUUCAGAGAUGUUGUCCUGGGCAUUGAGUACUUACACUUUCAGAAGAUCAUUCAUCGGGAUAUAAAACCUUCCAACCUGCUUCUUGGGGACGAUGGGCAUGUGAAGAUUGCAGAUUUUGGGGUCAGUAAUAAAUUUGAGGGCAGUGAUGCACAGCUGUCCAGCACAGCUGGGACACCAGCCUUCAUGGCCCCAGAGAUGCUGACUGACCAUGUGCAGAACUUCAGCGGGAAGGCACUUGAUGUAUGGGCUCUGGGAAUAACUCUGUACUGCUUUGUGUUUGGGAAGUGCCCGUUUAUAGAUGAGAACAUUCUGGUCCUGCACAAUCAGAUCAGGACCAAGCCUGUGGGUUUCCCAGACACGCCAGUUAUCAGUGGCAGUCUCAAGGGGUUGAUAUUAAGGAUGCUUAAUAAGGACCCAAAUAUGAGGAUUACAAUUCCUGAAAUCAAGCUGUACCCAUGGGUGACCAGAAAUGAAACAGAUCCCCUCCCGCUGGAGGAGGACCACUGCACCAUUGUGGAGGUGACGGAGGAGGAGGUGCAGAACUCUGUGAAGCUCAUCCCCAGCCUGUCUGCUAUGAUCUUGGUCAAAGCCAUGCUGAGGAAGCGUUCCUUCAGCAACCCCUACAAGAACCUUGGGAGAAGGAUGAGAUCCAUGUCUGCUCCCGGGAACCUGCUUGCAGACACACGACUGUUGCGUUCCUCCUCGAAACUCCAUCCCUCACUAAGAGCCAGCAGUGUGAACAGUGGUGGGAGCAGGGAGGGGGAGCUGGAGGAACUUCAAGAAGAUGAGCCCACAUCCUGAAGAUCUUCUCCUGUUCUCAAAGAUCUCCUCAUUUCUCAUCUCAUAUUUAAAUAUUGCAUAUUUAAGUAUAUUAACACUGCAUAAUGGUCUUGACAUUCUGUUACUAUAAUUUUUCAUACUCACUGA